UAUGUGACGUAGCCGGAUGCUGCAUCAUUUUUCCUGCCUGCUCGCCGGCUCCCUUCUCGGUAAAAUGGCAGAGGUAGGUCAGAGGCUGGGGAGUGGAGCUUACCGGCUGUCUGCUCUCAGAAACAACCAGAGUCGACCGGUGUGCACCGGAGAAAGUCCCGGAUCUCUGUUGGGUAACUGCACCUUCAGUAACAAUCGGCUAAAAGAGAAAUCAAGCCGGGAUCAUCAACGUGAAGUUCAGCCAGUGUCAAAAAGAAGAGCAACACAACGCAAAUCAGAGAAACUUUCCAGAGUGAGAACAAGUGAGAGUCAACAGGAAAAUGGGACUUUGCGUUGUGCCACAUCUUUGAAGCUGGAUUCAUCCCGUUUUUUCAGAGAGAGCCUGCAAGCUCACACAACAGCCCUGUACCUCUCAGCAAGACUGCAGCCUCUCCUCCAGGAGAAGCUGCUGCCUGGUAAAAUGACAUGCUGGACUAGAGGAGCUGUUUCCAUCCAUCCUGACACCUUCAGGUCCCGCCAUCAGCUGCGAGCUUUCUGCACUGUCAUCUUCAUUCUGGCAGAGCAGAGGUCAGAGAAGCUGUGGCGUCUAAAACUACAUCCUGAUACCCUGCAAGCCUCUAGUAGAAGCUACAGCUGGAGGAGUGACAGCAGCUCAGAAGAUACUCCUCCACUGUACAGAAGCAGGACGUCCUAUUACGACAUCCUCAGAGUGUCCCCCAGUGCCACACAGUCCCAGGUCAAGACAGCCUACUACAAGCAGUCCUUCAUCCAUCACCCUGACAAGAACCAGGGCAACAAGGAGGCCGCACAGCGCUUCUCUGAUAUCAGUGAGGCGUACGCAGUGCUGGGCAACAUCAGCCUGAGGAGGAAGUACGACCGUGGUAUUCUGAGUGGGUCAGACAUUCAAAGUGCAGGGAGACCGUCCUCCAAAGAGACCACGAGCAGAUUCACAGGCUCCCCACAGCAUCAUCAAUACAGAGCCAGACGAUUCUCCCAAGCUGGCGGGAAGACCAUGUUUGAUUUUGACGCCUUUUAUCAGGCUCACUACGGGGAGCAGCUGCAGAGGGAGAGGGAAAUGAGAGCCAGGAAGCAGCACAUGGAGGAGCAGCAGAAGGAGAAUCUUCGCAAGUGGAGGCAAGGAAAAAUGUUGGAGAUGACUGUGGCGAUGCUGCUGACCAUGGCAGGCUUACUUUUUGUCAAUCUCAGCAGGCCCUGAAAUAGAGGCAGCAACCCGGCGUGCCCCUAUGGGGGUGCAUGUUACGACUCUCAGGGGGCUGGAGAUGGAGGGUGAGGGGGUGCUACCUCAGUUUUGCAAGUGUUAACACAGUUUCUGACAGUUGAAGAUGAUUACUUUUAGUGUGUUGCAGGAGUAAACCAAAGCCAGAUCACUGUCUCAUUAGUUAAUGGUCCAUAGAUACUGUAUGCUGGUUAUUUAUAACCAAGGUCCCCUUAAAAGCUGAUUGUAUCAAGACAGCAACUGAACAUAUUCAUUUUCUUUAUAUCUAGGAUCUAAAAAGCAUAAACAAACAUUAGACAUAGACACACACUUGCCUAGAAAGGGAUGCCAGGAAAAAACUGGAAAUCUACUAACCACAUAGCAUGAGCAUGUAGCUCAUUAAAGAAUCUCAAAAGCACCCAGUGUAUGGGUGAUAAUAAGAUAUCAUAUUUCAAACUUUAUGGCUUUCCUACAUUUGAUUUAUAAAAAAUAGAUUUCAGAGUUAGAUCAUUACAAUCUUGUAAAAUGUUCAUGAUCCUCAUCCCGAGAAGUGUCAUUGCAGGUUUAGUCUUCACAACAACGGUUCAAAAAGCUGUGAAGUUUCUGUGUAAACAUGUAUUUAUUUACUUCCUAUUAGAAGUGACAAGUCUGAAGCCAAACAACCUUUUUUGGCAGCUCAAAUUCAGUUCUGUUCAUUCAAAUACUGCACAAGGGUGGACAAAAUUAUCAUGCUGGACACUGGAUCUGUAAUGUAAAAAAAUGACUUUGAAAUGUGCAAUUUUAAGAUUAUUAGAAAAAUUAAUACACAUUGAUUUUUACACCUUCUCCCAGGUGUUUUAAGUGUCUAUAUGUGUUAUCUAUUGUAUAUAGAAGAUGCCACGUGUUAAAUUGUUUAUUUUAUGUAAGGGAAGCUGUAUUAAGCAACUUUGAUAAAACCGUUUAUUUCUUUGUUUUAAUCUAGUUUUAUUUAUCAAUGAUCAUAGUAAAUAUGCAA